AUGGGUAGUUUCGGCUCUGCUUUGCAAUCUGCCGUCGGCUAUGUUUCAUCAUUGUUCACCAAGAAUAAUGCUGGUUCACCUGCCUCCUCUCGUCCUAAAAUGGCUACAUAUUCUCCCACUUCCAAGUCCUCAUUUGUCUCCUCUGUAGCGCAUCAAGAAUCAGUUCAAAUCAAUACAGUAGCAACAUCCGAUUCUCAACUACAAAAACAAUUGCAAAUAGAUUGGCCAACAGAUGAACAAGAACUGAUUUCCCGCUUUAUUGAACUACAAAAAUACGAUGGACUAUGGAUAUUGACAGAUUCCGAUAUCAAGCAACUGACAGGUAAAUCUCUAGCGGACUUCUCGUCGUUGACAGUUGAUUCAAUCGAAAACAGCUAUCGAAAUUCUGUAACAACAACAGUCUUGGUAAUUGUCUUACUCGAGACACGAUGUGCUUCAAAUAAAACCCUUUGGCAGGCCCUAUCAAAUAAAGCUUGUACACGAAUAAAAGCAUUGCUUGGAGAAGACGAAACAAAACUACAACAGCUAUUGAAACACAUUCGAGAUCAGCUGUUAUCCGCAUCAAUUUAA